AUGGGUGUCCUGAAGUCCCUCGUUUCCGUAGCCUCGGUGCUGCUCCUGUCUGGGAGUGUCCUUGGCGAGACCACCCAACCAGCUCCAUCGGCUGCGACUGCACUCACCUCCAAUUCUGGACGGUACAUUGUCAAGUUCUCCCAAACGGGCUCUGCCAAGUUUAGGAAGCGUGAUGGAAGCACCGAGACUGGAGGCGAGGCAACCCCUGCGCUGAGCUUCGACUCGGAACUCUUCCAUGGUGCCUCGUUUGACCUCAACGCCGCUGACAACCAAACUGUUGCCGACAUCGAGGCCUUGGAUGAGGUUGAGAGGAUCUGGCCAGCCGCUUACAUGACGAUUCCUGUGAGUGGCUCAGCGGUCGUUCAGGACAGCAGCAAGAGCAGCUACCCUGCCUGGACUGCGCACAACGACACCAAGGUGACCAAGAUGCACGCUCUCGGUUACUACGGAGAGGAUGUCAUCAUCGCUCUCGUCGACAGCGGAAUUGAUUACACCCACGAAGCCUUCGGCGGUGGCUUUGGAGAGGGCUUCAGAGUUGACGCGGGCUAUGACCUGGUCGGCAACGACUAUGUCGUUGGAGGUGAAUACAUCCCUGACGAUGACCCGAUGGAUUGUCUUGGCCACGGAACCCACGUAGCUGGAAUCGCUGCCAGUGGCGAUGAGUAUGUCCCCGGUGUAGCUCCCAAGGCGCGUAUUCGCUCCUACAAGGUCUUUGGCUGCGAGGACGGCACGUACGAAGACGUCAUCGUCGCUGGCUUCCUCCGAGCCUACGAAGAGGGCGCAGAUGUCAUCAGUGCUUCACUAGGAUCCAACCGUGGCUUUGCGGACACGCCCACGGCCGAGGUUGCCACCGCUAUUCAGGCCAAGGGCGCGUUGGUUCUUUUUGCUGCUGGCAACAGUGGCGAUAUGGGACCUUUCUACACUAGCAGUGGUGGCAACGGCUUCGAAAGCACCACUGUCGGUAGCGUUCAGGCCUCGGACUGGGUCGCCUACAGCGUCAUUGCUACCUCGUCUGGUGGUGAAGAGCGAGAAAUCGUCUAUCUGAGCGAUAGAUUCCUACCGUUCAACCUCAACGGCACCGUCCCGGCCAGCAUCCAGACUGGUGCCCGUGACCUUGACGCCUGCAACUGGGACCUCGAGAGCACCGCCGACGACUCUGUGAUGAUCAUUCCUUUUGGUGAUUGCGGUUGGCAAUUGCAGGACAGCACACUUAUCGGCAAGACGAGAAACGUCUUCUACGUCCAGACCGAAGGCGCGGAUUGGGAGCGCCUCAUAGCCGCCCUCAUCCUCUAUGACGAUGGAGACUGGCUGUUUACCCAAGCAGAGAACGGCCACGACGUUACCUUUGAGUUUAUCCAGGACGACAAGGCCAUCGCGAUUCCUAGGACAGGCUUCGCCGACGGCAGAAUCAACGACUUCAGCUCCGAGGGACCUACUCUCGAUGGCCGGAUGAAGCCAGAGAUCUCGGCGCCCGGUGGCUAUAUUCUGUCCACCUGGCCAGUUUCGCAGGGCAGCUGGGCCGUGUACUCGGGGACCAGCAUGGCUACUCCUUACAUUGCGGGUGUUGGAGCGCUCUUCUUUGGAUCUCGCGGUGGACGUGCUGCGAUGGGCGCUGGAGGAGCGAAGAUUGCCCAUGAGCGAAUGAUUGCUAGUGGCAAGCCCGUACGUCACAACGAUGGCACUGACAACUUCGCCUCUGUCGCCAAGCAGGGUGCUGGCUUGAUUGAUGCUGAGAAGGUGCUUCUGUACUCGACCUUCAUCAGCCCUGCCAACGUGAACCUCAACGACACGGUCAACUUCAAGGGAACCCACGAAGUCAAGGUCACCAACUCCGGCGACGAGUCCAUCACCUACAUCAUCACCCACGAGGCUGGCAUCACCUCCCACACCAAGGGCAACGGCGACGCCUGGGUCUCCUUCGAGCCCUCGUACUCCGCCGGAACUGGCAAUGUCGCCGAGGUGUCUUUCUCGACUGAAAGCCUCACCGUGGGCGCUGGUGAGACCAAGACGUUGACUCUAACCUUUACAGAGCCGGAGACCAUCAGCGCGAGCAUGCUCCCUGUGUACGGCGGUGGUGUUGUGCUUGUCGGUGAUAACGGCGAAGUCGUCCGAGUGACCUACAUGGGUAUCAAGGGAAGUAUUUACGCCAGCGAUUCGUGGGAGAUGGAGCGCGGUGUGCCUUUGUUCUUCAGCGGCUACGGAGGACUCGUCGAAGAGGGCCAUGUGUACACCUUCGAAGAGGGAACAGACGUCCCUCAAGCGUACUUCAACCUUCUCUGGUCCUCGUGGGAAUUCAGCUUCGACUUCGUUUCAAGAGACUGGCAGCCAAGCGAUUGGACCUACCCAACCGUCCCAGGCGAAAACAACUGGCACGGCGCAUUCCGCUUGGUUCCGAGUGCCCUCAGCGGCGAAGUUGUCGAUUUCCCUCUGCAGCAAUACCCCCGCUUCAACGGAGGAACGUAUGCUGCUCCCCAGGGUUUCUUUGCCAAUGGCACCAAGAUUCCCUCCGGUGACUACAAGAUUCUGGGACGAACGCUGCGUACCGGCGGAGACCCUGCCAACAUUGACGACUGGCAAUACAAGACGUCAGAUUGGUUCAGAAUCACUCGCGAUCCGCAUCGCCGGGUCCUGGUCGUUCCUCGAGUGCACCGAGACGGACGGUGA